CGCGGUCCUCCCCUGCGCCCUGCGCGGCGCCGGCGGCUCCUCCGAGGGCACCCCGCCCGAGUGGCUGGAGGACACGCAACAGACCCGAGGAUCCGCGGGCGAUAGCACGGCGUGGCCUGGCCCGAGAACUUUUACCGCCUUCGGGGUGCAGACUGGAAAUCCGGGCUGAUUGAUAAAUACAUCUGUCCAUGUGUGUGAUCUAAUAAAACAGUUCUCCUCUCCUUGAAGCGGCAGCUUUUUAUGGCAGCUCCUUUAUGUCAGAGACACUUGCCUCGCUUCUCUGGGUUAUAAACUUUUGAUGCCAGACCUCUGCAGAACGUGCCCAACUGAAUCCUAAAGUAGCAAGCAUCUUGAAGAGAGAGGCAGAGAAAGAGCAAUCUGUGACCUUCAUCAUUACUGCACCUUCCUUCUUCCUCUCCCUUCCCGGCCGCCUCCUUCCUCCCCAGGAGAGCAUCGAGAAGGCUCUUUUUUUGGCUGCAGGAGGGGGCAUCUGGUUCUGCCAGACUGGAAAGCUGAGGCGCAGGAUUCGAGGAAGAAUUAUUGGACUUGCGAGAGCCAGGACUCUUUUCUUCUCCUUCCCCCUCUCUGCUGCUGGCUGGCUCCAUCCUUUCAUUCCUCCAUAUACCACUUCCCCCUGUGGCCAGCUGGUGUGGGGGGACCAGGACCCUGCUGCCGCCGGAGUUGUGGGAAGUUGUGUCUGUCGAGGAUGGGGGUCUGUGGGUACCUGCUCCUGCCCUGGAAGUGCCUCGUGGUCGUGUCUCUCAGGCUGCUGUUCCUUGUACCCACAGGAGUGCCCGUGCGCAGCGGAGACGCCACUUUCCCCAAAGCUAUGGACAACGUGACGGUCCGGCAAGGGGAGAGCGCCACCCUCAGGUGUACCAUAGACGACCGGGUCACCAGGGUGGCCUGGCUGAACCGUAGCACCAUCCUCUAUGCCGGGAAUGACAAGUGGUCCAUAGACCCCCGCGUGAUCAUCCUGGUCAACACACCGACCCAGUACAGCAUCAUGAUCCAAAAUGUGGAUGUAUAUGACGAAGGUCCAUACACCUGCUCUGUGCAGACAGACAAUCAUCCCAAAACUUCUAGGGUCCACCUCAUAGUGCAAGUUCCUCCCCAGAUCAUGAAUAUCUCCUCGGACAUCACCGUGAACGAGGGAAGCAGUGUGACUCUCCUCUGCCUCGCCAUCGGCAGGCCAGAACCAACAGUGACGUGGAGACAUCUGUCAGUCAAGGAAGGCCAGGGCUUCGUGAGCGAGGACGAGUACCUGGAGAUCUCCGACAUCAAGCGAGACCAGUCCGGGGAGUACGAGUGCAGCGCCUUGAACGACGUAGCUGCGCCCGACGUACGGAAAGUAAAGGUCACCGUCAACUACCCUCCCUAUAUAUCGAAAGCCAAGAACACUGGGGUCUCAGUUGGUCAGAAGGGUGUUCUGAGCUGCGAAGCCUCUGCAGUGCCUGUGGCUGAGUUCCAGUGGUUCAAAGAGGACACCAGGCUGGGCACCGGCCUGGAUGGAGCAAGGAUUGAGAACAAAGGCCACAUGUCUACUCUGACUUUCUUCAAUGUUUCAGAAAAGGAUUAUGGGAACUAUACUUGCGUGGCCACAAAUAAGCUCGGGAACACCAAUGCCAGCAUCACAUUGUAUGGGCCAGGAGCCGUCAUCGAUGGUGUAAACUCUGCCUCUAGAGCAUUGGCUUGUCUCUGGCUAUCAGGGACCCUCUUUGCCCACUUCUUCAUCAAGUUUUGAUGAGAAACCAUAGGUUCCUCUGAGCAACGCUUGCUUCUCCAUAUCACAGACUUUAAUCUACACUGCGGAGGGCAAACCAGUUUGGGCUUUUUUCGUUUGUUUGUUUUGGUUCUUGUUCUUGUUUUUUGAUUUGCUUCUGUUUGUUAGUUUAUUUGUUUAUUUUUUUGUUUGUUUGUUUCCAGCUUGGAUGAGUGGGGUUGGGGGAGGGGCGGGCAGGGUUCCACCAUGUGUAGGAUAACCAUUCACUGGUGUGUUCCUAAACACGGUCUGUUCCUGCUACCUUGGCCCUUCCCUCUUCUCUGCUUUUCUCCCAUCAUCAUCACCACCACCAAUAACCCCCCAAACACUCCAAAUGUUAAGUUCCAUUUGGGCAAAACCAUCCCUAGUGAAGAGCACCCUAAAGACACAACUUGACUCAUAACACAGUGCACAGGCAGAGGUUCCUCCAAGUAUCCUAUUACUUCUGUCUUUUCAGCUUUGGACCAUUUUCCUGAUUAUAAUGUACAUACUCCACCCUGCCCCUGUCCAUGUUUAUUAUUAUCUAAUUACACCAGGGUUCACACUUUUUCUUUCUGGGAAGUUAUCUCAAUCUAUCUAGAUGCACAUGAAUAUGCAUAUUUCCUUGCCGUGUUCUCUAGCCACUCUGGCUUUUUUCACCAGUCACAAGGAUUAGAGGUGGGGGGCUAAGGAUGCAACCCGAUACAAAAAAUUUACAAGUGAUGAAAAAAAGGGAUGGCGUUUUGAAGAUAGUACUUCCCCUUCUUUAAGAAAUGCUGGCCAGCUCAUAAAGAAUGAUGGAUAGAUGGCUGAUGCUUUAGGUCUUAUCGAGGCUAUCUAUCAAAGUAAUCUUAUGGUUAUCCAUCUACUCAGCUGUCUGAUUUAUCUAUCCAUCCAAUUAUCUACCCACCUAUCCUCCUCUCUAGCAAUCUAUUUACUCUAUUUAUCAAUCUAUCAAUGUAAUUAUCUAAUUCAUCUUUCAAUUUCUCUCCCCACUACUCACUCUCUAUUCAUCACCAUAUUAGUCUCUAAUCACAUUGUAUCUGUCCCACUCUAUUCAUUUCUGUUCCACCAUCAGCAGACCUCGGCACCUUCCAAAUUACCUAUCGGCUUCUCAUGUGAAAGCCAGUAAUCCACAGGCUAAUGACAUAGAGAAGCAAUGCCCUGUGCCAUGCCCUGGAUUCUUUGGAAGGUGGUAUCCCAUCCACCCAGAGUAGGCUCUGUUCACAGAUGGACCAAAGUUGCAAUAUAAGGAUCUUUCUACUCCCAGAAGAGACUGUGUGUCCUAAAACAUCUUCUUGGGAAGCAGAUUGGCCCUGGAAAAGCCUUGAUUAGUACUGUGUUUUCUCUUUCAUCCUUGAAGGACCAAGGCACUAAACUUCAUGCCUCUCUUGACUUUUUGAGAAAGUACGUGUCAGGAAUCUAUGGAACUUACUCAUGGCUGGCAUUCCUUAAUAGCAUGAUUGCAAGAGAAAGCACACAUAUCUGCCUCUGCAGUGGAAGAUAGCAGUCCACCUGUCCGAGGGUGAUAACUUCGGCUGUUACCUCCUCUCUACUCCAGUUGUUGUUUAAUCUGUUUGCAAAUUAUCCAGUAAAAAGCUGGUAGAGGCCAAUUACAUGACAGGCGUGUUGACAACCCUGGUAUUUGUUUCCGGAAGCUCUUCUGAGCUGAGGGCACUUGAGCAACUGACUUAAUUUCCAAGCACUUGAUUAAUACAACACUGCAAACAGAGGGGGAAGUAUAAGUGAUGCACAAUUCUCUCAGAGGCGGGCUGCAAACCCCAGAGGCUCUGGGGGACCAUGCCACAAGACCCCGUGAACAGAGCAGAUCCGCCUUACAAAGAAGAGCUGGCUUGGAGUUUCUGCAUUUUCUCCUGGGACAAGAGGGAACCCUACCAACAAGAAUAGUUUCCAUAUGAAUUGAAAUGAAGGUCAUAUGGGGUUGUUCUCCUCUUUUCCUGUGCUUCAAGGAUUGACCUAUGGAAGAGAAUGAGAAGGAAGUUUCAGCAAUGAUAUUUUCACAGACCUGCCCUGCCUUCAACUGGAAAACACUUUCAGGUCCACAGUCUAAAAGAAUCGAUUUAAAAAAAAAAAAAAAAAAAAUUAGAGCUCCGUAGAGUUCCAUUCCCUUCAUGCUUAGCAGACUUCUUCUCAUAUAAGCAGCCUCUUUGUUUUUGUCCAUGAUGGCACAUGAAUGACAUACACAGUGGGAAAAAAAGACACAGAUAAAUGCAGGCUUUCUUGGCAUACAAAAAGCUAGGCACAGUCAUAAGAGUUAGAGCUGGUAUGAGUGAAAUUAAUAUUGCAUUUGCCAGCAGUCAACAGACAUCUGCAUUUCCCAGGGAGCUGCCAGGGGCCAAAUUCUGGGAGUAUAAAAGAUGUGCCAAAUGCAGCCUGUCUGUUUCAAGUCCCAGGGACAAUUGUGAGGAGGUGCACAGAAAGAAUGAUAGGUCAGACGGAAACGUCUCCAAUCUGUCACCACGUUCAGCACCUAAGUUGGGUUGAGGUCAGAUGCUAGAAGGGAAUUAAACGUUGUCAUUUGAGUGUUCUGCUGAACAUAAAUGCGUUACUUCGGAGUACAAUAAAUGUGAAGUUUGUGGGAAGCGGAUGGUCUUUGAAAACACGCUGCUAGCCAUGCACAAGCUGUGUUCUUCACUCCGAGACUUUGUCCAAAGGAGAAGCCCAUCCUCCUCCAUCCACCUUCAAACACAGCAGGGCCUGCUCUCAGUGGCCGUGGAGCUCUGUUCUGCCCUCUUCCACAUGGUGCCAGGAAGCACCUUUGGCAGUACCUGUUCCACACACGUUUCAGAGGGAAAGCAAAUCCUACAGUCAAUUCUCCUUUUUCCAGGAUCAAGAAAACUAAGUAAAUAAGACCUAAGGCAGCUGGGGCACUAGAAAUGAAAACGACUUUUCUCCACAGAAGAUCUUCUCCCACUUGUUUUCUUUGCGUCGCUUUGGUAGAGUUGGCUCCAUAGAACAGUAGCUCUUACCAAACAUUUUGAUGCAUGGAGAACAUUGAAUGCUUACUGAAGACAAUAUCCACACUUACUUAUGCCUUUUUGCCUUUGCAUAUGGCCUGUUGGAGUGCCAAUGGUGGGGGUGAGAGGGGGUACAUAUCAGAGAACAAAAAUAAACAAAUAUCUGAGCAACCUAUAGCUCUUUCCAGGUUUCCCAUGCAAGGAGGAAACCAAAUAAGGCUUUUUAGGAGAUUAGGCAAGCAGAAUCUAGCAAUGUAGUUAAUCUGAAGCUUGUCUUCCCUUCCCCCAAAGAAGUUAAUAUGUACAACCACCAAAGGGAUGCUAAGUCAAGAGCGCGUCUCAAGGCUACGGCCAAACUUGUUGUUCAGCUGAAGUUCAAUGUCAAGUGCCUGAUACAGUCUCCUGCAAGUCUAAACAAGUGUGUUUGGUUUUUCUCUUUAUUGUUUGAAUUGGGGAGUGGGGGAACACAUAGGGGAGUGGUUUUCAAAACUUGCACACAUUUUAUGCAGAGAGCAUUGUGCAUAGUUCUGCUGAGAUUGUGCACAACUGAAGGGAAGUGGCAACUUUUUGUCACCUCUUUCCUCUGGCCUAGGCCUCACAUUAGAGGACUUGAUUCACAGGCUGGGUAAUUUGUUGUCAAAACCUGGGGGAGAAGUGAACUCUGGCACUGUAGGGGCUCCUCAACUGAGGCUCACCUGUGUCCAUGCAGCAACUCGUUCUCAAUGCAGAGGAGUUAGCAAGUUCUAUGUAAGGUCAGAAGAACCAGGACAGAAAAAGAGCAGAGAACUCCAACAUGGGCAGUCCAUCGCAAAGAGGGUUGUUGCUGUCAGUGCAUCAGGAGGGACAGUAAACAAAGUCCUCAAGCUUAGGUUGAUGCCUCCAGUACCAGUAGAAAUGUCCUCUCCUUGGUGGCUGCGUACAGCUCUCUCAGCCACAUCAGAAGGGGUGAAGGGGUGGGUAAUGGCUCAAGAUGAGGUGAGAUGUGGUAGCGGGGCCAUGUUUCCCAAUUGGACCCUGAGAACCCACCAGGAGAACACUGGCUUUGCAAUUGCUGGAACCAGUCAAGCAAAGGGAAAUUCUAGUCCCUUUUCAAUCAGGGGAUGUGACAUAAAAUUGUAAUUUUGGGCAAAAAGCAAUUAUUUUCUGUAACAGUGAGUCUCUUACGUGUUUUAGUUUUGCACAACCUCUAUUCCUGGAAAAUCUGAUACCAAAUUGCCUCCCCUCCUGCUACCCAGAGCUUCCCUGUCUUUAUCUUCUAAGACAAGUAAGUUUGAGCAGUUGCAGUAACACUUCACAGGUGGAUAGCUAGGCUGGCAAUGUUUUAAAAAAGAGACCGUAGGAUGAGAACGCCUAAUGAUCACUAAAAGCAAACAAAUAAAAAUUGCCAGUCUCAUUUCCCUCAUUGCUGCUUAAAGAGAAGUAAAUGAAAGGAGGAAGAAAUAGAUUUGCAAUUAAAAGAUGUGGUGCAAAGAUAUGGUUGAACCAGUGCAAUUUAGCCUUCAGGUGCAGAAUAUUCAGAGUCCAAAGGAAUGUGGCGUGGACGUUCAUUAGAUACAAUUGUCUUCAUCCCUAAAGUCAUCAGUGAAGCUUCAUUUCCAGCAUUUUAAAGGGGAUUCUUUUAUAUUUCUUUCAAUGGUGCCCUUUCAAAGGCGCACAGUUGUUCCAUAGCCCUGGGUGGAGAAAGAAACAUUGCGAACCCUCUCUCAUCCUUUUGGAGCCACAUUUUACAUUACCUGGCAGAUUUAUAAGGAUAUUAUUAAUAACAAUGAUAAGUAAUAAUAGCUGCCCUUGUGUUAGUGUAAGGGAGCAUUUUUAAUCAUUCAAGAAUUUUUGUGGCCUGUAAAGUGCAGUUGUGAGGAAUGUGUGGGUGUACAAAAAUGUAUCUGUUAAGUUCAGAGUUCUCUAGAUUAAAAAAUAUAUCUAUGACUUAUCAAUGGUGCCGUUAUAGCUGUCAGAUGACGGGUGUGUCCAUUGCUCACGAUUAUCCUUAAAACCAAUCUGUGUUCAAAUGCUUUAAAAAUUUAUCACAUGAUGCAAGAGUAUAACUUGGUCAGACUUCUAGAGUUUUUUCUCUUUUAUUUUUUUCUUGUUUUUUUUUUUUUCCUACAAAAAUCAAUGAAGACUUGAUUCUGUCAAUAAUUGUAUUAAGGGUGAAUAUACUACCUGGAUUUUGUGCAUGUUACAUUGUAGUUGUAACCUUUUCUAAUUCAGGAUGAAUACGAGAUGGUUGUGAUUGUGCAGUGUAUCAAUAAAGUUUGAAGAAAUUUGUAA